UAGUGAGGCAAAACCGUAAGGAGUCCGGGUUAGGCUGUCAGGUCAGACUGUUCUGGUGGAUCUGAUAACAUACAGACCAAGUUCAGCACGAAACUAAAGAAAAUAGACGUUACAUUUCUGAUCGUGCCCGCGCAGUGAGGAGGACCGCCCACUGAUCUUUCAAAAUAAACAACUACCAGCUGCGCGCAUCAACCUUCAUUUUUGUUCCUGCACAAAUGUCGUCGGUUGUAGUUUUCCUGUCGCUUCCGAUCUUUGUGGCUUCUGCACUGCAAGAGGUCAAAGUGAGGCCUGGACAAGAUGCCACUCUUCAGUGUCAGGAUCCCAGGGGUGUAAAUAUGACUCUGUUAGAGUGGAGCAGACCUGAGCUCCUGUCAGACGGUUACGUGUUCUUCUUCCAAAACCAGCGCUCAUAUGAGAACUACCAGCACGACUUCUUCAGAGGCCGAGUGGAGCUGAGAGAUCCGUCCAUGAAGGACGGAGACGUUUCUGUGAUUGUGAGGAACGUCAGCAUCAGCGAUACAGGAACAUACGAGUGUCUGAUUACAACCACCAGCACCAGAGGUGGUCAGAGAGUCCUCAAAGAGUUCAAGCACUCCAUCAACCUCACAGUCACAGAUUCAGGGUUCACAGAUGAAAACACCGAGGAGAGAGGAGAGGAGGCUAGAGGAGAGAAGGAUGGAGGAGUCAAGGAUAAGUCUGUUUUAGUUGCAGUUACCGUGUCAGUUCUUGCUGUACUGCUUCUUGCUGUCAUUGUUACUGUUGCUAUAAAGAUCUGCAGGAGAAAUGCAUCAAAACCCAAAUCAGACCAACGUGAUGAGAAACAGGUUUAAGUGUUGAUCGCUGGAUGAGGGCUCUGCUGUUCUGCAAAGAUGGAAACAUUUGGUCUAAUUGCAGAUCCAGCUUAAAUGCUCUGUUAGUAAGCAGCACCCACCCACCUCGCAGAAUCAAGGCUUAGGGUCUCCCACCUUUAUCUUUUAAGCUGUAAUUUUACUGUUUGCUGCAGAGCUCGAGUUUCCUGUGAGAGCAGGCGGAGAGCAGCUGCUCAGCACAGUCGAGCUCCUAGAGAGUAACGAGUUGGAGGAGACAGAAGUGGAGCUAAAGUGGCCCAAAAAGUCUAAAUGAUGGUCAUGUUCAGUCCACCAUUCAAAACAAAUCCUGAAUUUGAAUCUGUGGAGACUUCAGGAACGACGGCGGUAGAAGUUUAACUUCCAGGGCGAAAAAAUGUUAUUUCUGGCCAAAAUUGGUCAACUUUUAAAACAUAUCAGAAUUGUCUGCUGAUUCUAUCAGUUUCUGAGUCCUGGUGACCAUUAAAAUUAAAGACAGUGUCGAUAACGCUUCGGAAAUAUAAAAAUCUCAUUCUCACCAUUCUAGAAGGAAUCUGCUGUCCUCCUGAGAUCAGAAUAAUUUGUCUGUGGUCACAAAGUCAGACUGGGAGGGAGAAAUCUGCAGCUCGUUUGAUUCAUGCCCUUUGCUUUCAAAAUAAAACCAGCUGAUUGGUUCACAAAUCAGAAGCCACGAGUGCAGCUCAUGAAUGCCAUCAAAUACGAUCUUUGACUGAAGCUUGCAGAUCAGCAUGUCCUUACUCGUACAGCAGAAACAUUGUGUUUUCUUCAUAUUUUCAAAAGGUCACAUUUCUUCCAAACACUUAGUGUUGCUUCAGCAGAAUGAGAACGAGGUUUCUGCACGACCAAAUGUAACGUCAUGUAUAUAUUUCAAAUACUAUGCAUCAGAAAUAAACUUACACCAUUGAGUUUUCUUGUUUACUAUGUUUACUGUGUUACUAUGAUAAGCAUUUUGCAUAAUUAUUCUUAUGCAUAUGUUGCUCAUUGUGUUGAUGAACAGAGAUGGUGAAGAGGAAACUUUGUAUGACAUCUUCAGGAACCUUUUGUGUGUUUCUUUAGAAGUGUAGCACAGAGUCUGCCUGCAGGCCUUCCUGUUUUUACCAUGUGAACACAAACAGUGCUGACAGUUGUUCGGCACAUGCUGAUAUUAUUUGCUCCAUUUUGUUGAAAUAAAAUAAAGUCUUUUUUUCAGAGA